AUGUUGACCAGGCGCCUCGGGGCCCUGCUGAACGCAAUAAUACUCGCGCUCACCAUUGAACAGAGCCAAGGCGACGUUAGCUUACUCAGCAACUGCCCAGGGGUCGACGAGCAGAAACUUCUGAACCCCGCGAACAAGGCUUUCCUCGCUCCGAUCACUUUCCACGGACGCCUUCUGGCCAAAUGGCAGGAUGAGGAGCGGAAUCUCCUCAUAAAACUCAGAGUUCAAAAAGUGCUCAAGAACGGAUUUACCACAAGCCUCACCGGCCGCGUGCUCAACAUGACAGGAGUUUUCGAACCGCGGCCGCCGCUUCGGAGACUCAGGGAGUACAGUGAUGUGGUCGUCGCUCUGAUACGGGACGACGAUCCGACGGCCACGACGAGUCGUCGUCCCGUACCAUACGGCACGUGUCGCAUGGAGCUCGAGAACGAACAGACACUGCUCGUGACCAACGGUCGUUAUUUAGUGUACGCGAGACCGUUGACAAGUGCUCUGUCGUCUAUGUUUCCCCGAGCAAAUCUCACCGCGACAGCGCUUCCGGAUCCAUUUAGUCGGAGAGCGGGCCGGACCAUUCACAGAGCCUUGUGCGAAGACUGCGCGGUUCUCAAGCCCGCUUCAGUCAAGGCUCGUCGGAUAAGGAUGACAGUGAGACCGCUCCAACGGCUCCGUUUGAGGUGCACAAUACGCGGGAAUCCCAUACCGUGGGUAUAUUGGACGAAAGACGGUCAACCUCUCAAAAACGAUAACCGUCGUAUCGUGAUACGGAAUAAGAGACGUCGUUCUCGGCUAGACGUCAGCUCCGUCGGUGCGGCGGAUGCUGGGGAAUAUCGAUGCUGGGCUUCCAACGUCGUCUCGCAGACUGCAGUCAGUGAUAAGAUUGAAGUUUUUGUCAAGGAGAUUGUGUUCGAGAGACAUUCGCCUUGGUUCAACAAAGCGUCCACAGGUCCCGCUGCGCGAGUGCCUCCGGAGAGUUUGGGCAGUGAUUGUCCCACGGAUCUCUAUUGUUUGAACGGUGCGACCUGCAUUUACAUGGAGUCGAUCAAGGAACCGUCGUGCAUAUGCCCCGAAGACUACCAUGGUCCCAGAUGCGGUAGUAAACUGGUAAAGCUUGCGCCGGGCACCGACACCGGUAUGUCGUGGCGAGGUAUGACCCCUUAA